AUGUCUGCUUUGUUGAAAGAGACUUUCGCCAGAUGCAAAAAGGAAGGCAGAAAUGCCUUGGUGAAUUUCAUCACCGCUGGUUUCCCAACUAUUGAAGACACCAUUCCCAUCUUGCAGGGUAUGCAGAAAGGUGGGGUGGAUAUCAUUGAGUUGGGCGUGCCGUUUUCCGAUCCGAUCGCCGAUGGUCCAACUAUUCAGGCUGCCAACACUGUUGCUUUGAAGAAUGGUGUCACCGUAGUCAAAUGUUUAGAGUUGGUUGCUCAGGCUAGAAAGGAAGGUGUCACUGUUCCUAUCAUCUUAAUGGGCUACUACAACCCUAUCAUGAAAUAUGGUGAAGAGAAGUUGAUUGAAGACUCCGCUAAGGCCGGUGCAAAUGGUUACAUUGUUGUUGACUUGCCCCCAGAAGAAGCUGUGAAAUUCAGAACUACCUGUGCCAAAUACGGCAUGAGCUAUGUGCCAUUGGUUGCACCAGCUACCAAUGAUGCCCGCUUAAAAGUCUUGGGUGGCAUUGCUGACUCCUUUAUUUACGUCGUUUCCCGUAUGGGCACAACCGGCUCUGCCCAAGAAGUGUCUCUGAGCGUCGCUCAACUAUGUGGACGUGUGAGAAAAUUUGCGGGAGACACUCCUUUGGCCGUCGGUUUCGGUGUUAGUACCAGAGAACACUUCUUGACUGUUGGUGCAGCAGCUGAUGGUGAAGUUGCCUACAAGUACGUGCGUUCUAUCUUGGGUGAAGAGUAUAACGGUACUCCUCCAGCUGAGUUUAAGCCAUACGCUGCUCCUCUUGAGCACAAUCCCCCUAAGGCUGUUUUGGAAGAAGAGCACAAGUACAACCCCAGAUUUGGUGAGUUCGGAGGUCAGUACGUUCCAGAAGCUUUGCACACUUGUUUAGCUGAGUUGGAAAGAGGCUUCGAGAGCGCUGUCGGGGACCCUGAGUUCUGGAAGGAGUUUAGAUCAUUAUAUUCUUACAUUGGGAGACCCUCAAGUCUACACAAAGCUGACAGGUUGACGGAACACGCUGGUGGUGCGCAGAUUUGGUUGAAAAGAGAAGACUUGAAUCACACCGGUUCCCAUAAAAUUAACAAUGCGUUGGCACAGGUACUCAUAGCAAAGAGAUUGGGUAAGAAGAGAAUUAUUGCAGAAACUGGUGCUGGCCAGCAUGGUGUGGCCACUGCCACUGCUUGUGCCAAAUUCGGUUUGGAGUGUUGUGUAUUCAUGGGUGCUGAGGACGUCAAGCGUCAAGCUCUUAAUGUUUUCAGAAUGCGCAUCUUAGGUGCAAAGUGUGUAGCUGUUACAAACGGUACGCAGACCCUUCGAGACGCUACUUCUGAAGCUUUCAGAUACUGGGUGUCCAAUUUGGAAACGACACAUUACGUCGUUGGCUCUGCAAUUGGCCCACAUCCAUACCCUACUCUCGUGAGAACUUUCCAGAGUGUCAUUGGUAACGAAGCCAAGGAGCAGUUCAAGGAAUUGAAUGAUGGUCGUUUGCCUGAUGCUGUUGUUGCGUGCGUCGGUGGUGGCUCCAACUCAACGGGUAUGUUCUCUCCUUUCGAACAUGACUUGUCCGUCAAGAUGUUGGGUGUUGAGGCCGGUGGUGAUGGCGUGGACACCGCUCGUCAUUCUGCUACUUUGACUGCUGGUAUCCCAGGUGUUUUCCACGGUGUUAGAACCUAUGUCUUGCAGGAUUCUGAUGGUCAGGUUCACGAUACUCAUUCCGUCUCGGCUGGUUUGGACUACCCUGGUGUUGGGCCAGAGUUAGCCUACUGGAAGAACAUUGGACGAGCUGAGUUCAUUGCUGUCACCGAUGCACAGGCUUUGGAAGGUUUCAGAUUGUUGUCCCAAUUGGAAGGUAUUAUUCCAGCCUUGGAAUCUUCUCACGCUGUUUUCGGAGCUGUUCAACUCGCAAAGACCAUGUCUAAAGAUCAGCACAUCAUCAUCAACGUUUCUGGUAGAGGCGACAAGGACGUACAGAGUGUAGCAAAGGCCUUGCCAGUUUUGGGUGAACAGAUUGGUUGGGAUUUGAGGUUUGAGGACGAUCCUUCUAAAUAA